AUGGAGGAGGAAAAGCUUGCUGAGCGUAUAAAUGAGCAAAUUGCUAGAGACAUAGAGCAUGGACCAAAAUCUGGUAAGACAAAGGGCAAGAACGAAACUAAGAGUUCCAAAAAGAUUCCAAAAGUCAGCCCUGAACAUAUUGCCGAAGUUAGAGCUAAACGUGAGGCUGCAAAAAAAGCAAAACGGGAUGCCAUGAUCGCCCGUGGACUUGAUCCGGACUGCCCACCGGAUUUACAAUUCAUCAGAAGACCCAUGCUACAUCUGAACCAAAAUGAAACUGGUGGCGGCUUUACUUUCACCAUUAUGACAUACAAUUGUUUGGCUCAGGCUUUGAUAAGGAGAAAAUUAUUUCCAACGAGUGGAAAUGCACUAAAAUGGUUUAAAAGAUCACAGGUACUACUCAACGAGUUCAAACACUAUAAUGCGGACCUUCAUUGCUUACAAGAAAUCGAUUAUAUUCAGUAUCAGUCUUUUUGGAAAGGUGAAUUUAAUAAACUAGGCUAUGAUUCCCAGUACCAUCGUAGUGGAACCAAGAACCACGGAAUAGCGAUCGUAUGGAAACACGAUCUAUUUACGAUGGUUGACAAAAUGCUAAUUGACUACGAUAAAGAGGCGUCCGGUAACAUUGAACCAAGAACAACGACUACAAAUGUCGGCUUAGUUCUCGCCUUGAAGUUUUCAAAUAAAGUACUUGAAAAAUUUCCUCAUUCAAAUAAAAGUGGGAUUAUAAUAGGUACAUCACAUUUGUUUUGGCAUCCUUUUGGAACUUUCGAAAGAACUAGACAAUGCUAUGUCCUACUUAAUAAAAUGAAAGAGUUUUCUCAUCGCGUCAAGCUCUUACAAGGCGCGGAUACCCACUGGUAUCCUUUCUUCUGUGGGGACUUCAAUUCUCAGCCUUUCGAUGCACCAUAUUUAUCAAUGACGUCAAAACCAGUCACUUAUCAAGGCAGGGCCAAAAGAGUCAUCGAAUGUAGCGCCUCAUUUACAUUUUCCAAAGCCCGCGACGGAGAAGAGUGCGACGAUGAAGAGGGCGGCAAUAUUGAAAAGUUUGGAGCGGAUCAACCCGAUCAUCCCGUUCCUGACGAGUUCCAAGCAACUGAUGAGCAAGCUGCUUUGGUGAAAAACAUUGAAAAACUUCACAACGGAUUGGAUAUGCGUGCGAUAUCUAUUUAUUCGAUUGGGUACAAGCACGUUCAUCCUGAAAAUGCUGGAUUAGACAAUGAUGGUAAAGAACCAGAAAUUUCCAAUUGGGCUCAUACGUGGAGAGGCCUGCUGGACUACAUAUUUUUCAUCAAAUCAUGGGAUUAUUCUGAUCGCAGAACGCCAGACAAGAUUGAAACGUUUGAACAGGAAAAUGGCGUAAAAAUCAAAAGUCUGCUCAGAAUGCCACCUGCCGCUGAAAUGCCAGACCAUGGCCAACCUCACGAGGGAGAAUAUGCAAGCGACCACCUUUCAAUGAUUUGUGAGUUGGAACUUGACAUGUAA